AUAGUUAAAUCAAAUAAGUUUUAAUUUCUGUUGCAUGGUUCAGUGGGUUUCUGUCUUUAAUGAAAAUGUUUACCAAGGAUUUAGUGCACUGGUUCAUAGAUUUAUUAAGUGAAUUAAACUAACAUGAGAGUUGUCAACAAUUUCUGAGAGCUAUUCCGUCUUUAGCGGAUUCAAGAAAAUGACAGCGUAUUAAUAUAAAAUAAAACAAGAUUUGUAUAUCGCCAGUAUUGAGAGGAAAAUAUAAUCAUAAUGACUAAGUGUUAAAACACAGGAGGUUAAAAGGUAUAAAGAAAAAUAAAGAGGAGGUUAUUUGAAGGCCUCUAAAAAUUGCACGAGAUUUUCAAAAUAUACAUGAAAAAAAUGAAAAAUUCUGGAAAUGGGAAAGUGAAACGACCUGAAAGACCACUAUACAUUCCACCAGCGUUUCGUUCAAAAUCGGACAAGGAAUACGAAGAUGAGAUGGAAUAUGCUAAAAAUAAGUAUGGAAAUGGGAACUCAAAUUAUUCUUUGGAAAAAGAUGAUCAUUCACGGGAAAAGCUUACAAAUACAGUUUCGAAAAGGGUGCGAUUCGAGAGUUCUUGCUCUUCAUCUAAUCCAAAAAGUACAUCAGACGAAUCUUAUAAAGAUGAUGAUUCUAGUGACUUUGAAGACUUUGUACCCGAGGAUGAUUUAAAUAUUAGUGAAGAAACGAAUGAAAAUAAUUCAAAUGAUCCUUGGAAGAUAGGAGAAAAAAUGCCUGCCAGAAAUCAUCAUGGUAUCGAAAUUGAAAAUUAUCAGAACGACGAUAAAAUACCAAACAGAAUUUCGAUGCAACCUGAAAGUGAUUCGGACUCAAAAUCUUAUUCAAAUCAGCUACCGAAUUCAGAGUCAAGUGAAACAAAACCUGAAAAAGGAUUAUUUGAUAAUUAUGAUGAUAAUAUCUCGGAUAUUGAAUCUGUUAUUGACAACAAUACGAAAAUGAAAGGUGUAUUAACUUCCAGUCCUAAUUCCGAUGUAGUCGAAGAAAAGGUUUUGAAUGCAGCUAAAUAUGUGCCUGAAGAAGAUAGUAUGUUAGAAUUGACAUUACAUGGUCAAAAUGAUCUCCAUGAAACUAUUAUCAGCGACAAUAAGAAUUUCGAUGCUUUCUGUGAUCUUCCAUCAAUUGAGAAUCAGCCACCAGAUUACACAGAAAUUUUUGGCAAUAAUUACAUUCCUCCUCCUGUUCCGCCACCAGUGUCUGGUUUUCGAUUGCCACCAAUACAUCGUAUGCCAUCACUUGCUUCAUCACCAUAUGAGCUUUUUGCCCCUCCUCGUGCUUCACUCCAUAAUAGGCCACGGUUGCUUACUCAGCUAAGAUAUCCUCGACAUAUACUUGUUCCAUCCAUUCGGCUAUGUUCGGAUAUUCCACAUCUCCCUGUUUCUUCAUACAGUUCAUCAUAUAGGCCUUCUAUACGACAUCAUGUCUUGGCACCAUCUUUGUUACCUAUUCCUCCACCAAUUAAGCCGUGUAUGUUUUCCACUAUUUCACCAACAUAUAUGACCCAAGAAAGACUUAAUUCUCCGCGUUUAUCACAAGAUGCAUUAUAUCCUCCGUGUUUGAAUCAACGAAGUUUAAAUCCUCGCAAUUUAGAGACGCAUAAACGGGAAGAACCAUUUUAUAUACCUCCACCUAUAUCACCUCCACAGCUGGUGGACGAAAGCCAACAAAUCGAUAAUCAUAACCUAUGUGAGAAUGCUCAAAGCUGUUUGCCUUCUUCGAGUUCAUUAAUAAAUAAAAUGGUAUUUGAUACUAAAAUUUGGCCACAGAAUCUAAAGACGAAAAAUGAUCAUUAUCUUCAGUGAAGAGUUUGUGUGACAUAAAUUCGUACCAGAUCGUACAGGAGAAUACUCGGAUCUCUUGUAUGAUGAAUUAUGAAAAUCGCAGGAAGAGGACGAAUGAAUGAAAAACUUACCCAUUUGACAAAAGAUCUGGGAAACUGUAUAUAGAUCUAUUUUGUUGUUUCUUCACUUUAAUUAAGAUUCAAUUAAAAAUUACCUUAAUUAUAUUAAUUUUGUAAAAAUCCUUCUGAUAACAAAGCUUUGAACAGCUGUUGUAAAU